UUAUAUGAAAUCCAAAGCAGAUGUACUGGUGAUUUGUAAAGCUGAUUACAAAGAGCAUUUAGGCGAGUUUUCAUGUACAGCUCGCAAUUCUCUUGGCAAUAAGACAGCAAAGGCCAAAGUGGAAAUACUUGCUCCUCCAGUUAUUAAGCCAUUUUCAGAGAUUAAACCAGAAAUCAGCCUAGAGUUUACUCUCUUCUGUGAUGCUGAUGGCAAUCCUAAACCUACAGUUUGGUGGACGAAAUUUGAUGAUACUACAUCGAACUUCAGUCCUUUUGAAAAUAGAAGUAAUGUGUUGUAUUUUGCGUCUUUCGAAGAAGGCAACAGUGGAACUUAUCGUUGUUACGCGCAGAAUGGUCUAAAUAUCACCUCGGAAGACCAUGAAUUGGCUUUCGUCGUCGAUGUGUCACCCAUCAAAGCACCACUAAAGGCAGAUUCUAACAAAACUCCCAUGGUUGUUGGUGGUAUUAGUUUCUUUAUUAUUCUCAGCCUUGUUGUCGUUGUUGCCGUUAUUCUUUAUAAACGAAAGAAACAUGGAGGAUUUUACAUUCUAACCAUGCCUCCACUUACUGACUACAUCAAAAGUUAG